UUUCUACUGGUAAGCACACCGCAAUGCGAGGUAUGAGUCGACUCGUGGGCGUGCUCUUCGCAGCUGCGGUCUCGGUGCACAGCCAGCGACCUGUGAACGCCUCGUUCGCUGUUGCCACGACCAGUGCGCUGCAGCUGCGCGUCUUUACCUCGUCCCAAUCGCUCGACGUGGACGCCUACGCACUGCACAUUGAGGUGUUUCUGGACGCGCCGCCACGAAACAACGCGUCGAUGCACGUGCGCGUCUGCGGCAGCUCUAUCUUUCGCAGUCUGCCAUCGUACAACGCAUCGAACCUUCUUGUGCUCGAUAGCGGGGUCUGCAACGGCUCGGUUCCGCUCACCACCGACUGCGACGCGUACACGCUCGACGCUGCCGUCAGCACUCGGGGACUUUAUCACGCAGUUCUUGACGUCGCGGCAACAGCGGACCCAAAAGGCGCGGCGCCGUACGCCUCGGAGAUGAGCUACGUGCUGCUCUUGGACUUUUGCGAGUUUGGAGCGCAGCGCAUCGCCGUGCGCGGCAGCUACACAUGGCUGUACUGCCCUGGCAACUACAUUUGCCUUGUAGACGGCAGGUUUUUGCCCAUGGUAUGGCUGCAUGGUGCCUUUGCGCUGCUCUGGGCGCUUGUCGUCCUCGUGUGGUCGACGCACAUUCUGCUGCAUCCCGCGACGCACGUGAGCCUCCAGCGUCGCAUGCUGCUGGUGCCAAUCGCCGAGAUGGUGUACAUGGCACUCACCGCGUGGAACGACGUAUCGUCGAGCGACUCCCGCUUGGCCUUUCUGACCCUAGGCGCCCGUGCCCUCUCGCUUGCCGUCGCCGCCAACGAGCUGAUCUUGCUCUCGCAUGGUGCCAAGAUCACGCGCAACGACUUGCGCCCGCUGCAGUAUGCGCAGAUCGCGACGCUCGGCCUCUCGUUCGGCAUCUCGUUCACGCUUCUCUCGCUCCACACCCACGUCUCCCUCUUUGAUGGCGUCAGCUGGGUCUUCCUCUGGAUGUGCUUCUUCUACAUGAUCCUCCACGACGUGCGGGUCACCCUGCGCACGCUCAACGUCCAGCUCGUGCUCAUAAGCGGGUUCUUUGUCAACCCGCAGACGACACCCGUCUACAUCAAGCUGCGGCUCUUUCUCGCACUGCGCAUCGCUGUUUUGGGCUACUGCGCAAUCGUGUGCGCUGUCGACUUGGGCUUGUCGCUCUUUUUGCCGCUGACGAUGAAGGGUCUCAUUGCUGCCGCGCUACAGCUUUUGUACUUGGGCUUUUGCAUUGCGAUAGCCACCCUCUUUCGCUGCCGCAAGUUUCAUGACGCAACCUUCAUCCUCCCCGCCGGUGAUGGCAUCGAGGGGCCACCGCCGCAAGCAAGUCCCCGCCGCGUCAUCGUUCAAGGGCCUGCCGACGCCACAAGCCUCGGCCUCAGCAUGGCCAAGCCAACGCUGGCCGCCGGUGCCACAGUCAGGGCAUACGUGAGCGUGCUCGGGUCGCUCAACGCGUCGCAGGUGGCGCUGGGCGGAGUCUUCACGGCAACUCUCAAUGCAAGUCUUCCGACCGUACGCCCAAGCUCGGCCAACCUUCUCGUGAUGCACGUUUGCCCACCAAAUGCAUUUGGAAACCUUGCCUCUGCGUGCGCCAUCAAUACGUUCGCGUCCACGUGCGAAACGUACCCCCUCAUACCCGACGUCACAAAGGCAGCCUACUACACGGGCGCGCUCACGCUCUCCAAGGUGCUUGUACCCAGUAUUGACGCUACGACGGGGAUUGUCUUUGUCCUCGAUGCCUGUGGUGUUCUCGGCCUUGUGCCACCCGUCGCUCCCGUCAUCGUCUCGGCCUUUGACCUCGCGGUGUGCGACAGCCACAGCGUGUGCUUUGGUGACGCCACGGUGCCGCUGCGGUCAUUCUACAUUGCGCUCGUGCUGCUCUGGUCGGCCUGCACCGCGGCGUGGGUCGCCAACAUCAUUUACUUUCGAGAAACGUUCACGAUGCUCCAGCGACGCAUGCUCGUGGUGCCCACGGCGGAGUGGCUCUACAUGGUCAUGGCCACCGUGAGCUUGAACCAGACCCCAAAGCCACUGCUCUUUAAUGCUACGGCCACGUGCCGCGUCAUCUCGCUCAUGUUUGCGGCGCACGAAACGCUCCUCAUCGCGCACGGCUGGCGCAUCACGCGCGACGACGUGUCGGUGCAGCAGUCGAUGCACUACCGCGUGGUGUCCCUCGUCUGGGCCGCGACGCUCACGAUCGUUCAAACGUCCGCGUCCAUCUCGCUCGUCAUCUUUCUGAUGUGGACGGUCUCGUGGGCCCUUCUUGCCUACAUGAUUUGGUUUCACUCGGCGUUCAACAUUGCGAUCCUCCGCGUGCAGAUGGACCUCGUCGCGCGCGCCUUCAUUGCGCCCGAGACGACGCCCGUGUACACGAAACUGCGCAUGUUUGCUGCGUUUCGCCGCUACGUCCUUCUCUACUUCAUGGCCGUGGUCGCUGUCGACUUGAUCGUGAACCGCCUCUUCCCCGCGCCGCUUCUCGCACUCAUUCCCGUCGUCCAAGAGCUGUUGUACCUCAUCUUUGUACUUGGCGUGGGCUACACCUUUCGCUGCCGCCAUUUCAACCCGCUUUUCUACGUUACGUUCCCCGAAGACAGGCCGGCCAUUGCGCCUGCGCCACUGGCCCCUGCCCGGCCGCAAGCGCCGCAGCCGUGGCAUGAAGGCAUGGGCCUUCCCACGGUUCCGUCACACCUCUUGCAAAAAAAGAGCCGCGCGGUCGUCGUUGUGCAGAGCCCUGGCGAUGAGACCGGCCUCGGUACGUCGUUCAAGCCACCGGGAGAGUCGCCGCCUUAA